UAGAUUGCAGAAUGCUUUUUAAUUUCAAGUUUUCAUUCCUUUUAGUUUUUCCUGCCACGAAUUCUUUCUUUUCUACGCUCCAACGUCUGACAAUUAUUCCGAACCUGUUCUGAAAAUUUUCAUCCCCAUCUAUACUGCAAUCUCUGGAUAGAUAAGGCCUGUUUAAUUUUCCCCGUCGCUGCCAGUUGCCAGUGUGAUAUCAGUCGAGAAAAACUCCGGAGUUUUGCUAUGUCUGUCGUGGGUGAAGGCUCGCGUUCCACGCGCUCCGUCGUCAUCUCCCCGGGCGGCACCCCGGCCGGGACGGUGCGCACCUGCAAGGAGAUCACCUGCCAGCGCACCCUCGACCUGGAUCUGGUGCGGUUCACGUGGAAUAUCGAGAAUUUCAGCUGGUAUAAGGAUUCCCGCGGGCAGGCCUACGAUGUGCUGGAGAGUCCGCAUUUCCAGACGGAUGACGGGCAGUACGACUGGGUGCUGCGGCUGAUCAUCCAUCCGCGUCCCGACCGGCCGGCCGACGAGCUGUGCCGGGAUUCCGUGCAGAUCUUCCUGCACCUGCACAACGCCCCGCGCGAGACCGCCCACCUCAAAUGCCAGUUCGUCUUCGUCCGCUUCCUGCACGCCACCAAGGAGGACCAGACCUACCAGAUCAGUCGCUUCCGCGAGUUCCGCCGCGGCGAGACCUGGGGCUUCCGUCGCUUCAUCCAGCGCAACACGCUGUUUGACCCCAAAAACGGAUUCCUCCAGUCCAGUGACCGGCUCACCGUCAAAAUCAACCUGGAUAUCAUCCGCGCCAUCCGCGACGAAGUGGCCAAGCCGGCGCGGAACCCUUUGCUGGCGGACGGGCUGCAGGAGGGCCUGCAGGUGCUGUACAAGACGAUGCCGCACUCCGACGUGACGUUCGUCUGCUCCGACGGCUCGCACGUCAAAGCCCACAAAGCCAUCUUGUCGGCGCGUUCGCCCGUCUUCGCCGCCAUGCUGUCGCACGAUCUGUCCGAGCAGCGCACCAACACCAUUGAUUUGAAGGAUAUCCCCAAAGAUGUACUGGAGACGUUCCUGUCGCUGGUGUACACCGGCGUCAGCACGACCCUAGACGAGCACGCCGGGUCCAUAUUAGUCCUGGCGGAGCGCUACCAGCUGACGGAUUUAAAGGAGAAAUCCGUGGACGCCCUGCGCAAGAAGAUGUGCGCCGGCAACGCUGCCGAUCUCCUCCCGCUGGCCGAUCUGCACAACGCGCCCGAGCUGAAGAACGAGGUGAUGGAGUUUAUGGUCAACAACCACGAGAAGAUCCGCGACACGGAGGCCUUCCGCGACUUCUUCAUGACGCAUCCGGCGCUGAUGGCGCAGCUGUACGAGCGCAAGCAGGAGAGCAGUAAGCGCUUCAAGAUGGAGCCGCCCUCCAGUCCCGGCGAGCAUUCGCGCAAUCACUGAAUUCGGGGAAGGGUGGCGCAAUGUGUUUCUAAUUGCCGGUCGUUUGAUGGAACUCCGCGCGUGGUCUCUCGCAGCUUGUUAUUUCUGCAUUCACAAAGCGGUGCAGCGUCUGCAUGGAUGUUUUGUGGUGGCUAAUGAAGGGAAUAUUUGUUGAUCUGGCUGAUGUGCGGUGGUCUGCCUGGAUUCUGUGUUCUGCAGCGCGUGUCUAACCCCGUUUUAAUCCCCGCCAGCUGGAAAAUGUGGAAUUUUGGAUGAUGUUCUUGUCUGAUGUACAUACUAAUUCUUUGACACAACAAAUUAACGGUUUGCAGCGGCCGAAUGCGUUUGAUCAAUUAGUUUUUUGUCCUCAGUGGGUUUCCUGUUUUGUAUAGCUUGAUGGGGCUGGGGUGGGUUGUAACCUGCGGUGGUUUUAUCCGGAAAUUUUGCGGCAGACAUGUGUUUUUUUUUCGUUAAAUAUCCGUUUUUGAUUGACUGGUUUUUUUCUCCUAAUUGACUAACUAGUUUUUGGCAGAUUGUGGAUGUUGUCAGUACGAAUGGCGAAUAAAACGUCACGGUAAAGAAA